UGUAGAGUGGUGCAGCCUUGUGAGUCCAGCUCCCCAAAUUAAUUUGGCUGCAGAUUUUUUCAUUCAUAAGUAGUGAUGCGGCAAAAAUGUGAAAUUAGUCAGUUCAUAUGUUGAAUCUAGUAGGUUCAUAAUUUUUGAAGGUACUGUGAGUGCUCACUUCUGUUCAACAAACUUUAAUGUUUCUGGAAUUCAAUAAGAGAUUCAGUGUUUAUUAAAUCAUAUUUUCUGUGUCUUCCUGGUCUCCUUGACAGUAACAUGUCAAGUCCUGCAAUGAACAGGCUUUAUAUUGCUGUAGCAAAAGGACAUUGCGCUUCAGUGGCCUCUGCCUGUUGCUUCAUGUUGCGCUGUAAAAAGACAAAAAUAAGCACUUGUGAUAACAGCCCAUCAGAGAAGGAAUACAGUGUGGUACAUGAUCUGAGAACUCAUACUGUGUUCCCAUGAUGUGCUUUGUUGACAUGCAUGCACUGAAAGUCAAAUUUUUUUUGCAGUGGUUUCCAGGAAGGAAGUCACAUUGAUUUAUUGCAGGAAAACCAACAAAGAUUCUUGUGGCACCUUAAAGACUAAUAAUGCCAUUUCAUCAUAAGCUUUCAUCAACUAUAGCCCAUUUCAGCAGAUGAAGUGCUGAGGUUUUAUUUAUAAAGCAUGGAUGGAGGAUAUGAGGGCAGAUGAAGACAAUCGUAUUAUUAACAGUAGUCAUUUGCAGUGCAGCUUUUACUGAUUACAGGCAUCCCAGCAUUAGCCGAGAAUGUCCCAGGACCCAAAUAUGUCUGGUAGAAGUGAAGGAAAACCAGACAAUUCAGAGGAUAACCAGCAGGACAGCUUGGAAAACCCAGAACAGUCUGUCAGAAAAAAGGUUCGACAAAAUACGCCAAGUCCCACAAGGGGAAACACACCUGAGGCUAGUCCUCCUCAGUUUGUGUCAGUGGAGGAACUGAUGGAAACUGCAAAAGGUGUGACCAACAUGGUAUUAGCCCAUGAAAUCGUUGUCAAUGGAGGCUUCCAGAUUAAGCCAGCUGAUUUACCAGAAAACAGCCUUGAAAAAAGAGUACGAGAUAUUGUCCACAAAGCUUUUUGGGAUUGCUUGGAAACGCAGUUAAAAGAAGAUCCGCCAUCAUAUGACCAUGCAAUUAAACUUGUGGGAGAGAUCAAAGAAACUCUCUUGUCUUUUUUGCUUCCUGGACAUACUAGAUUAAGAAAUCAGAUUACUGACGCUUUAGACCUGGAGCUGAUAAAGCAGGAAGCAGAGAAUGGUGCCCUUGACAUCGCAAAGCUGGCAGAAUUCAUUAUUGGCAUGAUGGGGACUCUUUGUGCUCCAGCUAGAGAUGAGGAAAUUAAGAAGCUGAAAGAUAUUCAUGAAAUUGUUCCCAUGUUCAGAGCAAUUUUCUCUGUGUUGGACUUGAUGAAAAUGGACAUGGCUAAUUUUGCAGUCAGCAGCAUUAGACCACAUUUAAUGCAGCAGUCUGUUGAAUAUGAAAGGAAGAAGUUUCAGGAACUCUAUGAAAAACAGCCAAAUUCCUUAGAUUUUGUCACUGAGUGGCUGCAGGAAGCUGCGGAUGACCUGAGAUCCAAAGUUACACCUGCCAUUGAUGAUGGCACUGCAUCCGCCAGCAGGGCUGCUGCACUGUGUCCCAUCGCUGUGCAGAAUCACGCCUAUCUUAAACUUCUCAAGUGGGAUCAUCUUCGAAAGCCUUUUCCAGAGACUGUGUUAAUGGACCAGAGCCGUUUUCAGGAAAUGCAGUUGGAACUGGACCAGCUUGUCUUAACGGGCGCUAUUCUUCUGGUAACCUUCAACGCUGCAGGCACAGCUCUUUCAGGUUUGCCAGGCUUUACUGGCAAGCUCAAAAUGGUUAUCCAGGUACUACUGACAGGGCUACACCUUCCCUCCUUUAACUUGAAUGAAGCGUUGGCUGUCCUAAGUGAAAAAAUAGGUGCUGAAGUUAAUAGUUGCCUUUCCCAACAUGGAUUCACACCUUUCACACCUGAGAAAGAAGCUGUGCUUAAAGGACAAAUCCAGGCAGUGGCCAAUCCUGAUAACACUGUUUGCAAACUGAUAGAUUCCAGAAUCCAGUCAUUUUUGGAGAGCUUCCUUGCUGCUGGUCAUCAGAAAUCCCUUCCCGCUAUUCCUGGUGGAUUAGGCCCUGUUCAGAGAGAGCUGGAGGAAAUUGCUGUCAAGUAUGUCCGCCUUGUCAACUACAACAAGAUGGUCUUCGGUCCUUAUUAUGAUGACAUUCUCAGCAAAAUACUGAAUAUCAAAGAAUUACCACCGCUGUGAGGGGAAAAAUGGAGAAUCUUGAACUCGUUUGUAUGCUGCCCUAAAGGUGAGGGCUUCAACCCAGAGUAGGGUAGGGUAGUAGAAGGCUGCAUACCUGCUGUUACAAUUAUGUUUCUGUCAGACUUACCAGGAUUGGAAAGAAGCUGCCUCCUUCAGCCCCCACUUGUCUCUUGGGAGCCCCAUGGUCAUCUUUGCCAUCCCCUGUUCCUUUCCUGUUGCCCAACUGCAGUCCAGGGCUCAUGAGAAACCGAGUGAAGCAGGAUAUGACACAGGUUGGUUUGAGGGCCAGGAGCGUAGCGUGUGAUGGCGCAGGAGUGGUGCCCAAGCCAUCCUGCCCCCAAAGUCAGUGGGUGUUCUUUAUCUCAAAGCUUCUCCCCACCACAUCUUGCUUUUUUCCAGUCAGUUGUGCAGAGGGUGCGUGCAAGUGGUGGGAAGAGUUUCUCCCACCUUCCUCUCUUCGUACUAAUCUGAUGCAUCCUGCCACAUGUGGAAUUCUGGCUGUAUGUGUGGAUCACAUCCAUUGGAUCAGGCUGGUUAAUUCCUAUGUGUUGUAGCAACCUUGUGACCUUUGGAAAAUGACUUUCCCACAAAACAUUUCAAUAAUUCAGUAGCAGAGAUUGAGUACAGAGUGAAUAUACCAUGAUGCAUUAAAAUAGGCUGAGUUAGUAUUUAAUUCCAAGCAAGAGUUAAUUUUGCUCUUUGAAAUGGAACCCCUGGCAAAACAAAAAUGGUAGUUGUUGAAGCCAGCUGUUAAGCAUGAAUUUUGAUGCAAAAGAGUUAGUAAAGUUACCUUUUUACACUAAGUUAUAGUUGCUAGAACAGGCUUUAAGAACCAUAUAACAGUAAUGUAGUUUUCCACAAAUUCAAAAGUUGGAUAUUGCUGGUUAAAGCACUUUAUAUAUAGUCUGCAAACUAAGGCUCUUAGCCUUUCUGCCAGUCAUGGUUUUUUCUAUGAUACUUGUUUCUGUACCUGCAGGUAUUCUACCAAAAGCAUAUAUAUUUUUGUAGAGUAUUUUCUGGUUCUUCUCUACUUCAGUAUUCACAUGAAUGACAAGAUGGUGUUUCUCACUUCUGCAAUGUGAGAACUAAAACUUCUUUUGAUAAGAGUGAUAUUUCUUGGGGUUUUUGUUGCUGGUAACAUAAAAUGCUAAUAGACAAGUAAAACUUUCUAUGUCUGAAGCAGCUGGAUAAAGAUGUAUCCAUUGAAUCUGCUGCUGGAGUUUAUAUGGUAAAAGUAUUUAUAUAAUAGAAGAUGGGCUAAGCUCCUAGUUUGAGACACCCUUUAAAGAGAGUACCAAGCCCUCACUCCAAGUAUCCUUGGCAUGCGGGUGCAGGUGUGCUGCCUGGCAUGUGCCCCAGUAAUCAGAGAGGGCCAGCACUGACACCCGUGAAUUCUGCUCCUUCCCCCCUUGCUGCUGCUUCGCCCCAUAGAGCAGCCUUUUGCAGGCUUCGGCCUGAUCAAGCAGGCAAUCCACCGGCAGGAUGCCGAUUUCCAUGAAAGAGGUCAUUUGUAUGCUUGGCAAUGAUGUUUAUAGUAGGUUGCAAACUAUUUUUAAUGUUCCAUGGAGUUUGUGGAAAUUUUACUGCUAAGUUUUUUUUUCUCCAGGAGUUUAUAAAUAUGGAUGCUUGAGAAAAUUAACAGUGUUUCUUAACGAGAUGACCUAUUCAUUGCUUUUCCACAUGACUAAAGGAAACAUAGAUACUAAGUCAAAAAUGUGGAAGACAAGAAUAAGCUUGCAUAGUGGCUUUAGAAAUUGGUCAGAAAGACAGAGCACUCCAUUAAGCAAGUAGUUUGUUUACACCAUGAAUAAUUAAGCAAGAGCUAUUUUGGUACAGUCAUUUAGAACAUAGACUUCUUAAUCAACCAGACCAAAUACCCCAGCAUUUUCUAUUCUUCAGUGCAUGUAACAUUCUCCCUAAGUAUUAGGCCCUUUGCAUUUGAGAUCUAAUUGCUUUCAGGGUUUGAAUAUAAGGCAAAUUUAUGAGUUCAAAAUUAUUCCUAUCUGUGAAAAAAGUUUACCUUGGAUUACCCAAACUGUUACUUUGCUACCCAAAGUAACAAACUGGGCAUUGUUAACAUGGAGAAAGGCUAAGCACAGUUCAGUCAAAGUUAAACACAACUCUCUCCCAUUGGAAUUGGCUAGAUGUUAGAAUACUGUAUGUAGUGUUGCCUGGAUUGUGUCUGUCUGUCUACAUUGAUUAAAAUACAAUCCCUGUUUCUAGCCAAAGGAAUUGUUAGCUUAGCUUAAGCUCCCUCUCGCAUUUGACCAUUGAAAAAAAACCCUGCUGUUGUGUAGUUUGAAGUGAUGCUGCUGCAGUCCUAUGGCUCCUGGGACUCUUAGGCCCCAGUGGGACUAAGAUAGUUUGGUUCUUCUCUAAGCAGAGGAAGGGAGGAAGAGGUCCGCCCUUGACGGAGUUCUCAUACGCCAGCUGUCCCCUGCACAGCAAUGGCCUUUCCAAUGGCAGAGAAAUUGUGCAUUUGUAUUUUAAAGGCAUCACAGCAUUGAGGGGAAGAAAGGAACCCACCACCCUUCCCUCUUUUCCAUUCUUACCUGUAUGAGCCUGAUGGGGCUGUAGAUAAGGCAGUUUAUCUAUCCUUGGUUCUCCCUGCCCCCACUGGGAGCAUAGGUUUGUCCAUACAUUGGAAAGGGAAAAAAAUUGUAAAUGGAUAUUCAGUAUUUAUCAACAUUAUCUAAAUUGUAUGUGUUUGUGUAUUUCUUUGAAGCUAUGAAUACUGUGAAGUACUGCUUCUUUGGUGUUUAUGUUGUCUGUACCUUACCUGCAUCAUUGAGAAUUAACUUCUGUGUAAUAAAUAAUUUUAUGCAAUAGA